AUGAGCGGCAGUGCAACUACGGCUCUGGCCCCUCAUGAGUAUCGUGAGCAGUCAGAGGCCGGUGCCAAUCUGUCAGAUUGUGUAUUUCAAUCAACAGCGUCUGUAGAGGUUGAGAGCGCAUCUGGUGCAAUUGUUACUCACAGGUUAGUGGAUGAGGAGUCGGGCAUGCGGGCAGAUGCCAACUCUCGCUGCGCUAAUGGGACUGAAAUGCCUGAAGUAGCCCAUGUUAGCGAUGAGUCUCGUGUAGAUGCUGCAGAGGGCGUUGCGCCUCAAGUCUCCAUGAAAUUGGAUCAGAGAGCGGAUCAAAACUGCACAGAUGCGGCGGAACGUUCUGGUGGUGCUGUUUUAACUCAACCUAGUGGCGGUGGUUGCGGAACAGGCAAGAAUGCCAAUGAUCCAGCCAUGGUUUCAUGUGUAGCGGCGAAAGACAUGCUUGAAGUGAAAAUGGGUAAGAAGACAAUGGGACGGGCAGAUCCCGUACAUAGUGCGGGGCUUAGUGCCAUUAUGCGUCCUCGUUUGAUGACUGUGGCCCGUAGAGGGCAGGCAGUUGCAUCUUCCCUUUCGACUGAGUCUCUGGCAGUGCGUGCUGCUUCGUCGACCAAAGAUGGUCAUGGUGAGCGAGUUGCAACUCACGUGAAUGCCACAACCUCCGAUGUUGUAGGCGCUGCAUCAGAUAUCCAGUCUAAUAGUGUGCCAAGUGCAGAACCACGGUUGAGUGGCCGGCAUAAUGAUGAUGAAUCAAAGCAAUCUAGUACAGGUAUGCAUGUCGCUAAUCACAAUAACCACGAUCAUCGUAGGCAGGAUGCAUUUGCACCCCAAGUACGUUCUUCAGGUGUUGUUACUACUGUUUCUACUGCUAUUACCAAUGCCGUCCCAGUGCCUGCGAAUGUUACUUUCACAACGUGGGCUUCCAGCGGUAGGAACCCUCGUCCAAUAGUUGCUCUUAGUGUUCAUCUGUCUGAGCUGUAUCGGCGCAUAGAUGAGUUAUGUUGUCAACAAAGAAGGAUGGCAGAACCAGAGCCAAAAUACAAUGAUGGCUUCGAUGACAAGGAGGGACAUUACUUGGUUCUUUAUGGUGAGGAGAUACUCAAUCGGUACACUGUGCGUGAGUUACUGGGGAAGGGUAGUUUUGGAACUGUCGUUCGAUGUUUUGAUGCGAAACGACAGAAGAAUGUUGCACUCAAGAUAACUCGUCGUGGACUUAGUUUUCGAGCGCAGGCGGAAUUGGAGUUUGACAUCCUCUCGGGCCUGAACGGAAAUCCCCGUCUCAAUAACCUCGUUGUGAAGUUAUUCAAGGCGUUUAAUUGGCGGGGACACCUUGUCCUUGUAUUUGAACUGCUCACCUACAACUUGUAUCAACUCAUCAAGCACACGGGUUACCGUGGAGUUGGACCUCGUGUGGUGCGGAAGUUUGCCUUUCAGUUGGUCCAAGCUCUACGUGAGCUGGAGGAGGCGAAGCCCAGUCCAAUCAUUCACUGCGACAUCAAGCCCGAGAAUAUACUGCUGAAGUAUCCCAAUCGCAGCAGCAUCCGCCUCAUUGAUUUUGGCUCCGCAACUUAUACCAACAAUGUUAUCCAUCGUUACAUUCAAAGUCGUUAUUAUCGCAGUCCUGAGGUUAUUUUAUACUUGGAAUAUGGAACUGCGAUUGACCGAUGGUCAUUAGGCUGUGUGCUUGUUGAGUUAUAUACGGGGUUACCGCUAUUUGAUGGGAAAACAGAGGCAGCACAGCUUGCACGUUUUGAAGCUCUGCUUGGCCCCGUGCCAGUUGAUAUGUUGGAGUCAUCACCGAAACUAAAUGGAUUUUAUGAAAAAGUGGGUCGGAACUACAAAUUAAAGGAGCCUCUUCCGCCGCAUCGGUCCCUGAAAGCCGUUCUCGGUCUUAUGGAUGGUGCCACUCCUCAAGAAGCUCGCAGGAUUCCAUUGGAAGAUGAGGUGGAGGACGCCCUUCAGUUAUAUGACUUUGUUAGCCGCCUUUUGCGCUACAGAGCCUCUGAGCGCAUGAGUUGUGAGGAGGCAUUACGUCACCCCUUUUUAGAACCGAUGAAGCGAUGA